CUUCCGCAGUCACAAAUGUCUUCGAGACCGAAAGAACUGCUACCAUGUACUCAUACACUUUUGAUGACAUCCUAGAGGAGGCGGGCAAGUUCGGCCGAUCGCAGAAGCGUAUCUUUGCCCUGCUAUGCAUGGUAUCCAUGCCAUGGGCCGGUGUCUACGUAGGCAUUGUGUUCCAAGGGUUCACCCCAGAGCACUGGUGCCGAGACUCAGGGGUGAGUCAGAUCCGGAAGAGCUGUGGCUGGAACCUGAUGGACACUAGAAAGAUCACGGUCCCGGUGGUCAACACCUCAGGAGUGUUGGUCUACAGCCAGUGUGAGCAGUAUGAACUGGACUGGAACACUACGGGUCUGACAUGUGACAACCCAGAGUCUGACCUCACUGACGCUCACCGCAGCAAAGCUCCCAUGACCUCCUGCAAGGAAGGAUGGGAGUAUGACUACAAGGGGAGACAAUCCUUUGUGACAGAGUUUGACCUGGUGUGUGCUGAUGCCUGGGUGGUGGACAUGUACCAGGCUACACUCAACGUGGGCUUCUUCAUAGGGAGCAUAGCCAUUGGAUACCUAGCUGACAGAUUUGGCAGAAAGACGAGCUUCUUGGUGUCCAACCUCUUGAAUGGGAUUUUUGGAAUUCUUGUAGCAUGGUCUCCAAAUUGGGUAUCCAUGCUGGUCUUCCGAGCAUUAUAUGGCUUUGGUGUUAAGGGAGGCUGGGUGGCUGGAUAUGUUCUGAUCACUGAGCUGGUAGGAGUAGAGUACAGGAGGACUGUGGGAGUCGUCUACCAAAUGUUCUUCAGUGUUGGAAUUCUCAUCCUGCCCCUCAUCUCCUACUUCAUCACAGACUGGCGCUGGUUGCAGGUGGUCAUCACUGCACCUUAUAUCCUCUUCCUGUCCUACUACUGGUUUAUCCCGGAGUCUCCAAGAUGGCUUCUCUCUCAGCACAAUGCAAAGAAAGCUGUGGAGAUCACUGAGGCAAUAGCGAAAGAAAACAAGAAAACCCUCUCCAAGAACAUUGAGACGAUGAGAGACGACAAUGCCGAUACCUCAACCGCCUCGUUCAUGGACCUAAUCAGAACUCCAAAAAUGAGAAAACACACCUUCAUCCUUAGUUUCAACUGGUUCACUAGUGCUGUCGUCUACCAGGGUCUUAUCAUGCGUCUAGGAAUCCUGGGAGGAAAUGUCUACAUUGACUUUCUGAUCUCUGGUCUGGUGGAAUUCCCUGCUGCCUUCCUCAUCCUCUUUACCAUCGAUCGUAUCGGACGGCGUCUUCCCUUUGCCACAGCCAACAUUGUAGCUGGCGCAGCCUGCUUCAUUACUGCUAUGAUCCCUGAGACCAUGUUCUGGUUCAAAACAGCAGUGGCCUGCAUCGGCCGGUUGGGCAUCACCAUGGCUUUUGAGAUGGUGGUGUUUGUGAACACUGAAUUGUACCCUACGUUUGUCAGGAACCUGGGUGUGUCUGUGUGCUCCACUCUGUGUGACAUCGGAGGCAUCGUGGCCCCGUUCCUUCUUUACAGACUGGCUGCCAUCUGGCUGGAGCUGCCACUCAUCAUCUUUGGGGCCCUUGCGUUUCUGGCUGGAGCUUUGGUCUUGCUGUUGCCUGAGACCAGAGGUGUGCCACUUCCUGACACCAUCGAUGACAUUGAGUUUCCAGAAAAAUGCAAAGAAAAAGCGCUGAGGAGGAAAGAGAUGAUAAUGCUGUUACCCGCCGCCGUGAUGACCAACAAAGAACCUGAGACUGUCUGAUUCCUUCCUGGGAACUUCACGUUUUUGUGAUGAAAGUAUGAGAAAGUAGUGAUGAGCAGUAUUUUAUGUUAAAAUGACCUGUUUCAUUUGUUGUCUCUAAUACGAAUUAAUUCUUGUUUGUGUUGGCGAAAUAUUGUAACUUAUUUAGAUUUCUUUCACCUUUACCAUGUUUCCUGGUUUUACUUAUCCGUUAGUUACAGUAUGAUUUUCCUCUCAGAUCAUGUGCUUUGUGCCAUGUUUUUUUUUGGUGAUCAUGUGUUUAAAGUAAUUUACAGAUGUUUUUGCCGAAGCUUUUUUAUAAAUGUUGGGAAUAUUGUCAUCAUAUACAGUGCAUUCAGAAAGUAUUCAGAUCCCUUUUUCCACAUUUUGUUACAUUACAGCCUUAUUCUAAAAUAGAUUAAAUACACAUUUUUCCUUAUCAAUCUACACACAAUGCCCCAUGAUGACAAAGCGGAAAAAUAACAGAAAUACCUUAUUUUCAUAAGUAUUCAGACCCUUUGCUAUGAGACUCGAAAGGUGCAUCCUGUUUCCAUAGAUCAUCCUUGAGAUGAUUCUACAACUUGAUUGGAGUGACAAUCAUCAUUCCCCAAUCAGUCAUCAAUCAGUCGCUAAUAAGAAGACACCUGCACCUUUUCAUUUACCCUAUCACAGCCCCUUUCCCUUGGUUUAAAAACCCAGUCAGUUGUUUUCUCCCCAGAUCAAUCUCUUUGUGUUCAAUCUCUCUCUGUAACUCAUUAUCUCUCAAUCGCGCUCGCUUUCUGUAUUGAUCUCUCUUUUGUAUUGCUCCUACAUGUCCCAUUUGUCCGGUUAUCCUGUGAGUAUUGUUUGACUGUUUGUUUGUUUGGUGGGAAAAGGGGGCACCAAGACAAGUCGCCCAUGGGCAUACACUACCUGUAGGUAAACCUUGUCUAAAUACACUAGUUAGAACUGGCUGGACCACCCACUGUAUUUUAUUGGUUAGUGAGCUAGCUGUUGUUGAAGCAGGUAGACUAGCUUAGGGGUGUUUUUGGAAUUAUUGUUUCUUUCCUUGGGUCCAGCUCAGCCCCUUUUCUCAUACCCCUUUACCAUGUGUUUAAAAAUAAACCUUUAGUGUUUGACGGUAAA